AUGCGAAAACUGUUCGCCCGUUCUCCUAUGCUCGACGCAUUUGCUCUCGCUCGCCGACUUCAUUACAAAGUUUGGGGUGUCCCGCCACUUGCAUACAAGGAGACGCUUCGCGAAGCAGCAAAGCAAAUCCACAGAGAGCUAUCCGCAAAGAAUCUUGGACCGGUCUCAAAGACGUUUGAGACCACGCUUUUGAAGGAUAUCGCUGUGCUUCGGACAGAAAUCGGCACAAAAGGUCGACUGGUUCCCUUUCACUCAACAUUCUACCGACUUGCAUAUGCAGGAAAUCUCAAGGCUAUCUAUGGACCAGAUCUGCCUGUCAGAGAAACGCGUGUCGCUCUCCAGAACUUUGCUGUGAAUCUUCGAGCUCUGAACACCACUCCCUCUCUGCCACUGCUGCCAACAGAGUGGUGGAAUAAAAUCAUCCCCUCCGCUCGGAAAGGCGCCAAGGCCAGGGACCAGGUCACAAAUGCAUUGAUCCAGUGGCAAAAGAGCGGUGGAUUGGAAACAUGCUCUCAAACAUGGAGAAACAUGAUGCAAGUUGUCAUUGAUCAGAAUGUCGACAUUGUUCACGCUAAUCGAUGGGUAAACAUGGUUUUGUUCGGCUUCCAAGGCAAUACAGGUGAACAACCAGGCUGGGCAUUUCUCUAUCUCUUUCAAUCACCAAAGCUCUGGGCCGCAAUCAAGGCCGAAGUUGACGCCUUGCCAGCCGAUUCUCUUGUGGGCACGGACUUCAGGCGCGAGACACCAUUGUUGUAUUCUGCCAUUCACGAAACGCUGCGUCUGUCGACUGCUGUCUUUGCAGGACGAACAGCUACUGAAGAUGUUAAGCUCCAGGGGUGCGAUACUGUUUUCCCUAAAGGAUCUCUUAUCAGGAUCAUGAGCCGUGCGUCGUCGUUUGACCCGGCCAUCUGGGGCGACAAUGCGGAUUGUUUCCAAGGUGACAGGUUCUUGAAAAAUGAAACACUCUACCGAGAGGAGCUUUUCUUCGGGGGCGGCGUAUCUGCUUGUCCCGGACGCCAUUUUGCCAUGGCUGAGUUGGAACUUCUCAUGUCUCAUCUCAUCAGAAACUUCGACUUUGACGAGUCUAGUCUCUGUAUGCACGAGAAACUUUCUCCGGAAGCAGAUGACCUAGAACUAGGAAACCGCAUCGAAAACCCAGAGCACACCUGCGACAUCAUUGACUUAGACGGAACACGUAGGAAGGGUGUUUAUCCUGGAGUUGCCGAUAUCGAGAACUGCAUGGAGAGUGUAAGCGGGUCACUAUAUCCUUUGCAGGAGUCUACGUGUUACUUGAAAGUUCGCGAAUGGUAA